CGGACACAGUCUGAUACAAUCCGGGGUUCCUCAUAAUAUAUUGCAUCAGUGCAUACACUAAGAGCCAACCUUCUAGCUUUUCAAUACUGUAUCGGCACCAAGACGCGCUAGUGUUGAAUAUUACAAAUGCCACUUUGUGGAAGCCCUCCCAAGCCUGUCCAGCGAAAAAUAGUCAUUCUUGGAGAUGGUGCAUGUGGUAAGACCUCACUCCUGAAUGUUUUCACCAGAGGUUACUUUCCUCAAGUUUACGAGCCGACCGUGUUCGAAAACUACAUUCAUGACAUCUUCAUUGAUGGACAGCAGCUGCAGUUAUCGUUAUGGGAUACUGCUGGCCAGGAAGAGUUUGACCGUUUGAGAUCCUUAUCGUAUAGUGACACGCAUUGUAUCAUUCUGUGUUUUGCUAUCGAUUCGCAUGAUUCUCUUGAAAACGUGAAGAACAAAUGGGUGGGUGAGAUUCUUGAACACUGCGAGGGUGUCAAGCUCAUUCUCGUUGGUUUGAAAGCAGACUUGAGAAGUAACGAUCCAGAGAUUGGUCAGAAUGAUAUGUUGAUUAAUAAUGCUCCCUCGGGCAAAAAGCUUGUUUCUUAUGAGGAGGGAGUCGGUGUGGCGAAGGAAAUUGGUGCCCUGAGAUACUUGGAGUGCUCUGCUAUGAAAAAUCGUGGAGUUAAUGAGGUGUUCACCGAAGCAGCACGUAUCGCUCUUACCGCAAAACCAAAAGGGGCCAACGCUGCCGCGAACGUCGCUGACAACGAAAGCAGAAGCUGUGUGAUAAUGUGAAGGUCAAAGGCUUCUGAUUUGUUGUUUUCACUUCUAAUUGUGUAGUUGAUUAAUUUGUAAAGAGAACUGUAUUACGAAAAGGAAACAAAAUAUUAAGUCUGAUUAUUUC